AUGAUCAAUUAUAGACUCAGAUGGGCACUUGAAACAAACGAUAUAAUUUCACCCCACCAAAACGGCUUCAGACCACUCUACUCUACCUUGGACCCACUAAUAAAUAUAGAAACGGACAUCAAUAAUGGAUUCAGGAACAAACAACACACGACACUAGUGGCUAUGGAUUUCGAAAAAGCAUACGAUAUGAUAUGCAGAAAGAGAGUUAUAAACAUCUUAAAAGACCUAAACAUCCACGGUAAUAUACUAAAAUUCAUCGACAACUUCCUAAAAACAAGACGUAUAAGAGUGAGAAACAACACCCUUUCCAAAACCUUAACCACCGAAAACGGAGUCCCACAAGGCUCUGUACUAAGUGUUACACUAUUUCUAAUAUCAAUAAACGGAGUUUUAUCGGUAGUCAAAAACCCAAUCAAAGUCUAUCUGUUCGCCGACGAUCUAACAAUCCUAUACUCAGGAAAGAACCCAAAAAUAAUCCAAUAUAUCCUACAGAAUGUUCUCAACAAAUUACAAAAUUGGGCAACUGAAUCAGGCUUCAAAUUUUCCGAAUCAAAAACUAAAUAUAUAAAUUUCUCCAGAAAACAAGAACCACUAAAAAUGAAACUCUAUCUCAAGAACACCGAACUUGAACAACUGAACCACAUCAAAAUCCUAGGCAUGAUAUGGGAUAGCAAACUUACAUGGUAUCACCAUGUUACACACCUCAGGAACGAAUGCACACAACGCCUAAAUCUUUUAAAAAUAAUAGCAGCAAAUAAUUGGGGUGCAGAUCUUAAAAUAUUAAUAAACACGUACAGAUCCAUCAUUAGAGCCAAAAUAGAUUAUGGCUCAAUAAUCUACGGAUCAGCUAAUAAAACCAUUUUAAAGAAGCUACACCCAGUGCACAACACAGCACUAAGAAUUACAACAGGAGCCUUUAGGACCAGCCCCACUUCUAGUAUUCUCCAAGAAGCAAACGAACCAUCGCUCCGACACAGAAGGAAACUCCUCAGCAUGAACCAGGCAAUAAAAAUCGCAACAACCCCGAACAAGCUUACAUACCCAAUCAUCCUUGCGAACUACAACACUAACAGACACACACCACAAAGGAACACAAUGAAUCCCUUCCACGUCAGAGUAACCCAAACCGCAACAGAACUGAAUCUAAAAUUUAAAAAUAUCACCCCAAGAAAACCACCAACGACCCCACCUUGGAAAAUUAAACCAAUCGAAACUGACACAAGCCUGACAUUAUACUUAAAAACAAAUACCAGCCCAGAAACUUACCGACAACUAGCCGCAGAAAUUAUUGAAAAACAUAAAGACUCCACACAUAUCUACACAGACGGCUCAAAAUCAAGUACCGGAACAAGAUACGCAAUCAUCACCCCAAAUUACUCCAUGAAAACCAAACUACCAAAUGAAGCAUCAAUAUUCUCAGCUGAACUAAUGGCCAUCAAACAAGCCCUGCAAACCGCCUACACGGAAUCCUACCAAAAAACAGCCAUAUUUACUGACUCCACGAGUGCAAUAGCAGCGAUAAACAACACCUCAUCGUACAACGACACCAUCCAACAAAUCAUCGAAACACACCAAAAGAUCAUCUCCAAUGCAAACAAAAUACAAAUCAUAUGGAUCUCUAGCCACGUGGGAAUAACCGGAAACGAAAAAGUAGACCAAGCCGCUAGAGAAGCAGUUGACGCCUCACAAACCGUAUAUAACAAACUAUGCCUUGACGAAGCCCUAAAAAUGACCAAAAAGAAACUAAGAUCACAAUGGGAAACUGAAUGGAAAACAACAGCAUCUACCCGUUCCUUAAAUAUAAACAAGGAAUUCUUCAAAACUCAUACAACACACACCGAACAACCCAGAAGAGAGCAAGUAGCAAUCAGUCGCAUCCGAAUAGGACACACCAAAACCACCCAUUCAUAUCUCCUGACCAAAGAUCCAGUCCCAAGAUGCGAAGAAUGCCAUGCACAACUUACAAUAGACCAUCUCAUUCUGAAUUGCCCUAAAUAUGAUACAAUUCGUCGGAAAUACACAUUGAAAUCUCUUAUCAAGGACAACUUGGAAGACAAAAUAAGCCACGAUCUACUAAAGUUCUUAAAAGAAACUGAACUACUCGACAAAAUACUGUAA